AUGGCGGCGCCCGGGGACCCGCGGCGGCCCUACCGGCUAGCGCAGGAGGGCCGGCUGUGCGCCCUGCGGGAGGAGCUGCGGGGAGCCGGGCGCGCGAGCUGCCCGGGGCCCGCCGGGGACACCCUGCUGCACUGCGCCGCCCGCCACGGCCAUCGGGACGUGCUGGCCUACCUGGUGGAGUCCUGGGACAUGGACAUCGAGGCCGCCAACCGGGACUACAAGCGGCCUCUGCACGAGGCUGCCUCCAUGGGCCACCGGGACUGCGUGCGAUACCUGCUGGGCAGGGGAGCCGCGGUGGACUGCCUCAAGAAGGCCGACUGGACCCCACUGAUGAUGGCCUGCACAAGGAGGAAUCUCGAGGUGAUCCAGGACCUUGUGGAACAUGGCGCUAAUCCACUUCUCAAGAACAAAGACGGCUGGAACAGUGUCCACGUUGCCAGCCGAGAGGGGGACCCUGUGAUCCUCCAGUACUUGCUCACUGUUUGCCCAGACGCCUGGAAGACGGAGAGCAAGAUCGGGAGAACCCCCCUGCACACGGCAGCAAUGCAUGGCUGUUUAGAGGCAGUAAAGGUGCUUCUGCAGAGGGGCCAGUACCAACCAGACUGCAGGGACAGGUGUGGCUCCACACCCUUCAUGGACGCGCUUCAGUGUGGCCACAUCGACGUAGCCAGGCUGCUGCUGGAAAAGCAUCAGCGUGCCCACCUUCUGGUUGGAGAGCCUGCGAGGGUCUGGCACCAGCUGUGUUACCAUCUGCCCAGAAAAACCUACAAAGUCCAAAGUUUUGCCCAGAUGUCAGAAGUGUAUUUCAACACUCAGGAAGGACACGUGAGCACAGUCCAGGUGCUCUUAGCCUUGGGUGCCGACAUCAACUGUAAAGACGCAAGAAAUCGAUCAGCCCUGCACCUGGCCUGCGCAGGCCAGCACGCGGCUUGUGUCGAGCUCCUUCUGCGGUCCGGGCUGAGGGACUCUCGGGACGACACGGGUGCCCUGGCUCAGCAGCUCGCGUGCGGCACGGACACCCUUCAGUGCUUCGACCACAGCGCGGUGUCCUGA